UGGGGUUUCUACUAAGAAUGGGAAUUCCCAUGAAAAGUGACGUCCCUGUAAAUGGAUCCUUGGCCACCUCCACCUGUCCCACUGUUGUCGCCUUGAACCCCCACUGCUCGGCAACCUCAAUGUGUUUGAGUUGAGUUGUGUCAGGGUCAUCAGCAGCAUCCCUGGAAAUGUCCUCAGCAGUACCCCAGCCAAUGGCCUUAGCACAGCCCCAGUCAAUGACCUUGGCACAGCCCCAAUCAAUGACAUACACCCUGCCAUUCUUUUUGACACACACAUUUCCUGCUGAGAUGUCCCUAUGCAGGAGACCAAUGUCAUUUGCCUGGGCAAGGCACAGGGUCAGCUGCUUGAUAAACCUAGGAACCAGCUCGUCCUUCUGAUCAUUAGUCUUGCCUUUCAGAUACUCGGCCAUUGACUGGCCACAGUCCUCCAUGAGCACAAACUCCAGCCGGUAUCCAUUGAGGUUGCUAAUGAGCAGGCCACUCAAAAAUAUCU